CGGCAAUCUACCCCUGGGCAGGGGUCUCGGGGCAAUAGGCGGCAAUCUACCACUGGGCAGGGGUCUCGGGCAACAGGGGACUUGGGCAACGGGCGGCAACCUACCACUGGGGAAGGGGCCUCGGGCAACAGGCGGCAAUCUACCCCUGGGCAGGGGUCUCGGACAACAGGCGGCAACCUACCACUGGGCAGGGGCCUCGGGCAACAGGCGGCAACCUACCCCUGGGCAGGGGUCUCGGGGACUCAACGGGACUUUAGCUGUGGAGUCUGGCCUCAGCACAGCUCCCUA